GGCAGGCAGGCCGGCGCGAUCAAGCCAUUGACAAACCCGCAACUCCGCAUGCUCCAACGAUCGUUACCAUGUCCAGCCUCCUCGAGCUCCCCGAAGAGCUGCUCUUGAUGAUCAUCGCCACACAUCUUGACUCUGAGGGGGACAUAUUCGCGCUGAUUCGCACAAACCGCCGGCUGUACGCCAUUGGAAGGCGCGAGCUCUACCGUUUUAACGGAGCCAACAGCAACUCCAGCGCUCUGCACGCUUCAGCUCUCUCUGGGAAUGUAACGGCAAUAGCAUAUGCGCUCGAUGAAGGGGGAGCAAGCAUUGAUGCAGCUGGUAUCCAUGACAGCUGCGCAACGCCUCUUAUUCUUGCCAGCGGCGCGGGACAUAUUAGCGCUGUUGAGUUCCUCCUUACAAAAGGUGCCAUGGUUAACUGGUGUGCAGCCGGGAGUAAUACUGCACUUAGUGUCGCCGUACGGGGUGGGCAUUCGGCAAUUGUGAAGAGGCUACUCGCAGUUAAGGGCAUUAACCCGGAUAUCAAGGACUCGUCCUAUUCGUCCCCGUUCUGGCUGGCAUGUCAAGGCGGCCAUCUAGAGAUUGUCCAGUCGCUGCUUGCAAGAGACGAUAUUAAUGUGAAUAGUGUGGGAAUGCAUGGCAGAACUCCUCUGUUUGUGGCAGCGCUUAAUGCCCACACCGCUGUCGUGCGAGAACUAGUCGCGGACGACAGGGUCGACCUUGGCUUCAUUACCAUGUACGAGGACCCUCCUCUAAUAAUGGCCUGUGCAAAGGGAUACGAGGACGUUGUAAGGGUGCUUCUGUCCUCGCCCAGGUGCAAUCCUUCAGUUGCAUACCACCAUGACGGACCAGCCCUGUGGGUCGCAGUCAAUAGUUCGCACGCGCGGAUUGUCAAGAUGCUACUCGACCGCGGCGUGGAUCCAAACGGACGAAAUAGAAAACAAGAGACAGUGCUCUGCAGGGCACUCAGGCUGGGGAAGACGGAUAUCACGCAACAGCUCCUCGAAUAUGGUGCAGACCCCUGCACAACAGACGUUGGCGGGUGGACGCCGCUGCACCUGGCAACCGAAGCUCCCGACCUCGCUAUUGUCAAGCUCCUGCUUGCCGACGCGCGAGUUGAUGCGAACCAGGCAUCAAAGUCGGGGAUGCGGCCUAUUCAUAUUGCAGCGCAUCAAGAGGACCGCGCAACCCUGGAACUCUUCGCUGACUGCAAAGAUGUCGACGUGAAUGCGCCGGACGGUGACCGGCUAACGCCCCUAAUGUGGGUGGCGUAUCAUGGGUUCUUGGGCCACGUUCAGCUGCUGCUCGCCCAUGCCAAGAUCGACAUCAAUCUUCAAUCCAAGCAUAGAUUUACGGCGCUUAUAUAUGCCGUGAAACAGGGACAUGUGGCGGUUGUAAAGGCUUUACUGAGCCAUCUGAAGACGGAUGUGAAUAUUGAUGAUGGGGAAGGGAGGUCGGCUUUGUGGUAUGCGAGUGAGUAUGGGUAUCAGGAUAUCGCAAAGCUCUUGAUUGCAGCGGGCGCGGCGGAGUCCUCACGUUGUUAGCGAGGGAUGCUCGAGUAAAGGGGUAAGAGAAAAGCGAAAACUGUGUGCACAAGAUUGUGCUCUAGAUAGUGUAGGCCGCAGUAUUUAUGUCCCACUAAUUGCGGAAUCAUGAUCCAUAUUAAUCAACUCUUGGCUUUGGCUGGAGUGAAAUGGCCUCGGGUUUGAGAACAGGUCGAGAAAAUGGGUAGGCAAUGGCGAGAAUAUCGCCAUCAAGUAGUGGCUGCACAAGGUGCCGAGUCUAUUAUAGUAGAAUCGUAUUAGCAACUCUUCAUAACAAGCAAAGAAACCAAGGUUUAGUGGAUUCGGG